UACAGCCAACAAGAGGAAAACCCCAAGUUCACAAGAAGAGGAGAAACCCCCAGCAAUGUCGGGGCGGCGCGGGCGCGGGCGCGGAGGUGGGGGCGGGAGGCCGACGAAGGCGGACCAGCUGUUGCACGGGGCCAUCGACCACUUCGGACGGAUGGGCUACGCGGAGGCCGACAUCCGCAGCACCGUCGGGCAACUCAUCGAGGUCUAUGGGGAGGAUGCUUCAUCGUUCCUAAAGGAAGAUGACUACCGGGUCGUGCAAGACGCGCUAUUUGAGAAGCAGGAGCAGGAAGAGCAGCAGCGUGAGGAGCCUAAACAAAAGGAAGCAGCAAUCUCUGAGGCACCAACAGCAAGUGACAUGCCAAUUGUGGACAUGCACAAUGAGAUGCCACCUGGGACUGAGUUAUCAGUUGAGGGAGUAGACCCUAUGCUCAUCAACCCGCCUGCUCCUGAGGCUACAAUGGCACGUCCUGCAGCUACAAGAACUAGUAGAGCAAGGCGUCCCUGCUAUGGAUGGAUUAGCGAAUCUGAAAGUGAUUCAGACUACGAAGAAUACCUCGCCAGUCGACGACAGGAGACGCAUGCUCCAAUCCCAGGAAGCGGCUGAGUGGAUGGAAUGUGAAAUGAAGCCCCACUUAACUGGCAGGCACAUAGCUGACUUUGCUGGGUGGGUGUUGAGGUCGUCUGAAGUAUUGGCAAUGCGGUAUUAGUAGUUUAAGUACUAUGUAAAGUAAGCACUAAGUUAACACAACACAGAUAGUUUGACCAGCGGUAUUUGCAUUUAAGAACAGCAUCGAUGCUGCCAGUCAAGUACUAAAAUGUCCUAAGCUUCGAUUGUCUUGGCUAUUACUCAACCGUAUGAACUACUAUGAAUACUUUUGAUACGAAAAAGAUGUUUGAAUAUUAUUUGUCUUGGCUAUUA